GGGCCAAAGGGGGCGGGACCGUGCUUGGAGGAAUGUGGGGGUUGCGUGUGGGGCCGCUUCUGAGGGGCUCCCUCGAUCAGAGUGACAACCUGAGUCCCUGGGGCUGUUGUUGGGCUGCAACUCCCAUCAUCUCCAGCUGUGUCUUAUCAUUGCGGGGGAUGAUGGGAACUGUAGUCCAAUAGCACCUGGAAGGCCUCUGCUUGGCCCUUCCGCCGUGGGGGCUCAGUGUGUUUUUCCGUUGCUUAGGUGGGGACAGGUGGAAGGUAGCAGUCAGAUGCUGUGUUUUCGAUUAGCAAAAUAUCCCAUACAUCGCGGGUUCUCAAGCUUGGGUUUGCAGAUGUCGUCGGACUACAAUUCCCAUCGUCCUCAGCCACUUUGCCAUUUUGGUUGAGGAUGAUGGGAGUUGUAGUCCACCAACAUCUGCGAACCCAAGUUUGAGAGCCCCUGCCAUAUGUGGAUCUUGCCACUUUCCUUAUUGGCUGCCACAGCUUUCCAUUUCCAUGUUUUGGGCAUGGUGUUGUUCAGAAAAGUACAUCACUCACGCAAGCAAUUAAUUCCCGGCUCAACUGCCUGUACCAGCUCUGCUUCUUCCCCAGGAGAAAAUAUGGAAGAAUGCAUGCAUUCAUGCAAAGCUCCAAUCACUGCUGUUUUUUCUCCUCUUGGAGCUGGUGGAGACCUUAAUCAGGUAUCUGAUGUGUUUGUGAGUGGGGUCUACUCUUGUGCACACGGUGUAACACCUGGAGCCAGGAAAUCGGGGGUGUUGCAGUGGCUGCUUCCGCUACAGGAGUUGCGACAGCCGUCUGUAUUCUGGUCACAGUGUCUGUGACCUUCUGUGUGUCCCCACUUCAGUUUUAAUUUAUACAGAGAGUGCACAAGACUGAAGAGCAGCAGAGCUGUUCUCAGACAUGAGGAUAGCUGCAACUGGGGCUUGGCGACCCACCCACCCCCGAACAAAGUGGGGUGCAGGAGGGGAGGGGCCGAGCUUCAAGAGCACAGGAAGAAGCCAGGAGGAAGAAACACCCCAUUCAAGAGGAGGGGUGGGAGGCCCACCAGCCCAGUUGGGUUGUCACCAGUGGCACCUCUGCAGGCCUUGGAUGGCUGUAGAGCCCAUGAGCCCCGGCAGUCUGUCUUCUCGCCUCUGGAGCAUGCCUCUUUAUGUAGAGUCGUGAACUGCGGCAGGACGUAGGAGCCUGGCACCCUCCACUGUGUGCCUUCCUUUGGGGUUGCCCGCCUCCUUAUCCAAGCUCUAGUCCUUGAGACGGUAAUUCCCAUGAGUUUUCAACUCCUGCAGUAGCUUCCUAAAUAUUUCAUUUUCAGCUCGUUAAUUAUUAACUGCUGCUGGCAGAGACGCCCUGCAUCAGCAGUUCAGAGUGGUAGAAAAUGGGGGCAUGAGCAGGCUGUGAGGACCCUGGGGGUAGAGUCAACAGUCAGGUUCUGCUUGCCUCCAUGGCGUGACUGCCAGAACUCCCCCUCCCUUCUGGAGUUUGUGUUUUUGGGAUAUAUGUGUGUGUGAGGUCAAUGUAAGCAGUGCCUUGAACUUGGCAUGGAACCUGGGAGGUGUCUGCAUUUCUAUUGCUCUCUAGACCUUUUCCUUUCCGCUAGCCAGGGAUGUAAAACUGUGGCCCUCCAGCUGUUUUUGGACUACAGCUCCCAUAAUCCCCAGCCACAGUGGCCAAUAGCCAGGGAUGAUGGGAGUUGUAGGCCAACAUCUGCAGAAGGCCCACAGUUUGACAUCCCUGCGCUAAAGAGUCUAGGUGUCUUGGCAUCUAAUCAGCGGCUAAUGGGAUGCUUUUCUCUCAUUCCUCCCCACCCGCAUCCCCUACUACCCAAUUGCAGCCGUGGCCUGAACCCCCCUCACCGGGUCAAAUCCAUCUCCAUGACAACCUUCACGGAGAGUGAGGUGCAGUUUCUCCAGUCCCGUGGGAAUGAGGCCUGUCGGAAGAUCUGGUUGGGCUCCUUUGACUCGCGGACCUCUCUGCUGCCAGAUGCCCAGGACCCUCAGAAGGUGAAGGAGUUUCUGCAGGAGAAAUACGAGAAGAAGAGAUGGUACAUCUCACCAGAGCAAGCCAAAGGCCUGGCCUCUCUGGCCUCCCAGAGCUCCGCCGCAGAGGUGAAGACGUUGCUGGGGGACUCGGGGCCGUUGUCUGCAGCAGCCAAGCCCAUCCAGUCUUCAGAGAAGUCCCAGCCGCCAGCCCCUCAGCCAGCCAAGAAAGCCAGCAUGGACCUUCUAGCCGACAUUGGGGGAGACCCCUUCGCUGCCCCCCAGCCCGGACCUGCCUUUGCCGCCUUCCCUGCCUUUGGGGGCCAGGUGCCAGCCCAUGCCGCCUUCACCGGUUUUGAUGCCUUUGGCGGAAGCCCUGCAGCGUCGGCAUUUGGGGACACACUGGCCUCCAGCCAUAGCCCUUUCCAGAGCCAUCCCAUGGCUGCAGGUGGGACCCACGUGGGCAGUUUCCAUGCCUCCCCUGCCAGCCAGCCAGGGGUGGGCAUUCCAGACAUGGGUGGGGCCUUCAGAGUGGGAGGAGUCCCAAGCAGUGUCUUUGGGGCCCUGAGCCAGUCGCCUGUUCUGCCUCCGCCAAGCCCAGCCGCAGCCUUUGGGGCCUGCACCAACCCCUUCGCCACGCCGGCUGUCGCCAAGGCCCCGCUGCCUUCCACCAACCCCUUCCAGACCAAUGGCUUGGCCCCAGGCACCUUUGUGGUGGGGUCUCCCGGCAGCUUCUCGGCCUCUCCGCUCGCCGGCGUCUUUGCUUCCCCCCCACUGCAGCAGCCGCUCUUCCCUCCACAAGCCAUGCUGGGUCAGCAGCAGAACGGUGGGUCCCCUUUCAGUGGAUUCCACUCAAGCAAGGCGGGGCAGAGGCCCCUUGGACAGCCAGCCGGCAUCUCCACCAACCCGUUUGUGACCCCGCUGGCCGCAGUGCCUGCUCUCCCCUUUGCCCUGGCGAAACACCCGCCCACCAACCCCUUCUUAUAGCACUGGCAAGAACAGACACUGGCGCGCCCCCCACCUUGCCUCUGAGUGGACCGAUGAGGGCGUCCUGCCACUUGGGCACUUUACUCUGCCUGUCCCUGGCCCCGCCUGGAUGGGGUGGCGGGGACCCAUGCAAAGUGCUUUACCGCUGGGCUGUGUCCGUGGGGGCCUGGCCCGGAAGACCGUGGGACGGGGCUUCCUGGACAUGGGGCAGCAGUGCAGGCUGGGAAAAGAGGGGGGUGGGGAGGAAUGGUAGGCCCCCACCCCACGCCCACCCCCACCCCAGCAGUGCAUGCUGGACCUUCAUCUAGAUGAGACUAUUGCCAGGCCGCAAUGCAUGCUGGGAAAGGGGAUGUCCUUGCCGCGGAGUCUGCUCCCCCCCAAGAGCUCCUCUGUGCCAACUCCCUGCUCCCCCCCCCUCAGCUGCCCCCCACCUCCCAGCAGCCCUUGCUGUUAGCACCUCUGGAUUGCCAGAGGCGGAAGGGCCCAGCGCAGCCUGCCGGCCGUGCCCUCACUGUCCUUCUCCGUGGCCUCUGCUUGGCCCCACUGCCCGCCCUUCGCUUGGCUUCUUACGCACGGGAGGAGGCUUCCAGCCCCCUUCCCUGGCAGAGGCUGCCACAAAGUCUCCCUUCGAGGGAGGAGGGCUUCCUGCCUUGAACCCCCCGCCCCCCCCCCCCCCCCGUGGCUGUCUUGGCUGUGUUGCUCUAACCAGGAGAGACCGGGGUGGGGAACGAGAGUCCUGCUUUGCUUCGCAGACCAAGGCCCAGCCGGGGCCUUUGCCUGCCACUCGGGCGGCGAAAGCUCCUCCUCCUUUGGGAGCCGAGGAGGGCAGGGGGGAGAGAGAGCAAGGCCCCCCCCGGGGACCACGCUGCAGCCUGGGCUGGCCCCCGCCUUGAAGAGCAGAAGCUGUCCCCCACGGGAAGUGCAAGGGGGCCCCACACAUCUGGGGGCCCUGUUUGCCCUGGUGUGCCUCCGGCCUCUGUGCUCCCAGGCAAAGCGCAAACGCUGGCUGUGGCUGUGGGCGCCACACUCGGCCUCCUCCUCUGUGGAUGCUGCUGCUUCUUCCUCGCUGCCUCUGCAGGGUUACUGGGCCCCAGGGAAGAUCCAGCAUCACUGCAUUGGAGCCCCUGGGAAAGCUCUCCGGAAGUGGGGGCAGCCCCCAGCCCCAGCGCGGGUGGGGAGAGCCCUUGUCUCUCUGCUGCCGCGACCGGCUCGGAGUUCUGGCUUGCUCUUGGGGGAGAGCAGACAGACCCUUGAGUUUCCAACACUUCUCUCCCCCCCCCCAGCCCCCCAUGUAGGUGGAACCCAAAAGCCCCCUUGGAGGUUGCCCUCCCCCCUGCUCUGAGGGUCAGCUGCUCCAGCAGCUGGGCGUCAGGCUGCCCCCCUUGGAAAGCAAGCAAGGCCUUGAGUGGUGAUCCCCCAAGAUCUGGCCGAACUCGAAGGUUUGGUCAUUUCGCCCCCUCUUGACAGGCAGCAGGAGAUCAUGCCGCAGGAGCGGGGUGGCGAUGCUUCCCCUGGACCUUUGGGGUCUGGCAGCAGAAAAGCCACCACGGCUUCCCUGAGAGGAGGGGAGUGGGUUUCUCCAUGGUUUCCUUUUCUCAACUGUGCUGCAUCCCACCUUGCACCCCCCCCCCCCAAUGUUUGGCCCCAGGGCUCUCUCCGCAGCGGAUCCGGCCCUCACGGUAUCCCCUCCCUUCGGGAUCCCUGUGUUAGCUGGGCCUUGGUUUUCUAAGCCCCGGGAAAGGCCGGGGGUGGGGGCUGCUCCCUUGAGCAAGACUGGAGUUUAUAUUUUCAAGACAAAGAAGUGUGGACUACAUUUUUAAAGAUAGAUCUCUAUAUACUCACAAAAUAUAUAUACACACACAAACUUGUUGCACUCAAAAUGUCUAUAAAUAUCUAUGGCAAAUCUCUAUUUCAAAAGCG